AAAUCGCGAUUCAAACCCCACUUUAUUGACACCAACAGUAACCGUCGCCAGCGGCCCGCGGGCCGCCCCCCCCCCCCCCGCCUGACACUGAGAGGGAGGGGAGGCAGACAGACAGACAGACAGGCGGCGGACACGGCCUCAGUGUCAGAUUAUCACCCGCUAACCGCACUUGAUGGUCGGUUCGCUUGUAUUUCCGGGUGAGAGGUGACGGAAUGGCGGGCGCCGUGAACCUCAACUCAGUGAGAGAGACGAUGGAGGUUCUCCUCGAGAUCUCCAGGUUGUUAAACACUGGUCUUGACAUGGAGUCUCUCUCAAUUUGUGUCCGUCUUUGCGAACAAGGAAUCAAUCCUGAAGCCUUGGCUUCGGUUAUUAAAGAGCUUCGGAAGGCUACUGAAGCACUCAAAAGUGUUGAAAAUAUGACUGGUUGAUGUGUUCGUAGCUGUGGCUGACUUCAUUGCACUGAAAAUAAUUUGGAUGGAAGAAUAUAUCUAGCUGACGAAAACGUCAGUUCCUGCAAUUAAAUGUUGUAUGAUUUAACAUUUUCCACUAUGUAAAUUGUGUUAAUUUUAACAUAAAAAUACCUGGUAUCUAGAAUCUUGGUUAGAUUCAUUAUCCCAUAUUUAAAAUUAUUUGGAGAUUUUAAUAAUUUCAAAGAAGUGAACCCAUAAGUAUUAUCCUAAAUACAUUUGAUUUCUUACAGGAGUGGAAACUCCUAUAUAUCUACAACUAUAUGAGUAUUGAUUGUCCCUGUAUAAUUGUAAAUAUACCUUUAUUGUACAGCCUUUUUAUUUUUUAAAAGCUUUGAUAUCCUGAUCUAGAGUUAACUUAACUAUCCCCUAACUGUGGCUGUAAACCUUUUCAUUCUUUUGUAUAGUUUUAUAUUAUUAGGUUAGGGUUGCCAUGGUAAUUGAUACAAAAAUUAUAUUGUGAAAAAUGGAAACCUGAUGACAUUCAUCUUUUUAUUGCUGUUAUAAUUGUAGACUCUGUCUUCCUUAUAGCUCCACCACAAUCUGCAGAAAAUACACAGUAGUUCAUACUACACAUUUACCUUUGCAAAAAAUGAAAAUAAUUUAUUCUAUAAUGAUGCAAUUGCAGAAGUUGUUAUUUGUUUGCAAUAGAUCUUGCUCCUCCAGCAAUUAGUUUUGAUUUAGCUACUGGGGAAUGAAAUUCUUUCCUACACACCCUUGUUGAGGUCAGGGCAAUAAAUCUUGGCUGUCCCACUGAUGCAUUGAUUUUUAUAAUGUUGACUGACGAAUGGGUCAAUCACUGCAAGAUAGUUCUAAAUGUCCAUUCACCCUGAAGCCCUUUAUUAGAAUAGAGGAUUCAAAAUGCGUAUCAGUGGCCUAAACACAACUAUAACUACAUCACAGAAAUAAAGUGCCCAACCAUGAACAUAUUUGAUUUGAAUUAAAUGUUGUACACAUUACACUUUUCUCACAUGGACGACUACACUAAGAAAUUGCAGAUGGUCAUUGGAGGAAACAUCUUAUUGUACAACAUGUUGAAUUAAAGGAUUACGGAUUAACCUCAGAACCAGUUAAAUAACGCACAUAGAAUCGGAAGAGUGUUUAGACAUGGGGUCCAUUUAAAGUCGAAAGUCAAGAUCCAGACAUCUGCAUGUUCCCUCUAGGUUUCAGUUUCUUGAGAUUUCAUUUGUUAAUACUUGCACAAAACAAUGAAAAUAUUCAAAGGCAGAUUUGCUAAAGGUUAGCACAUUGGAUUUGACCAAAAGGUUAAGUAAACCAUAAAAUACAAGCACUUAGAGGAAGCUCAUUUAUUUUAGAAUUAAUGCUACAGAAUGACAAGUCUGAAAUAUGGAAUAUUAAAAGUAAGAUGUGAAGUGUCUUAGAAAAAUCAAUGGAGACCUACACAAAACAACCAUAUCCAUGCCAUCUCAUUAAAAAAAAUUUUUUAGGGCCUUCACUGAAGAAACACUUUUAUCCAAUUUAAACAUUCCUGAACAGAACUAAUGGCCAUUUGCUUUUUAUGUGAAAAUCUGUAUACUCCUAUUUUUUCUGUUUACAAUGUGUACCUGUUUGCUCGAGGCAAUUUUACAGAUCUUAUGAGUACUGUACCAAUAUCUAGAGUAGUUCAAACUUCAGCAGGAGUCCUGCUGUGUGUGCCAUAAAUGCUUAUAAGAAUGUUAAUGUAGUGCAUUGUUGAUAAGUUUAUAUUGCUUUUCAGUUGCAAGCUGCUAAGCUUUUCCAUAAAAUGUGCACUAUCAGUAGUGGGCUCAGGCAGUGGAGUCCUGUUGCUAGCACUAACUGGAGCAUGUUGUAGAGAGCAGGGAGAUUUGCACGCUCUGCAAUACGGUGCACUGCACCUGCUCCCCCUUGUGUUUUAUUGAAAAAUUCAUUAUUCUGAAUUUAGGAAUGUUUCAAAACACAUUAGUGGAUGGAACAUGUUUAGGAAUACCAAAUAUUGACUAUAAUAUUCAUUUCACUUCUAAUUAACUUCUUCAAGCUGGCUAUUCUAUGUGAAAUUUCCUAUCGAAGUGUAAUUUGUUGUUGCCGUCUGCAGUGGACAAGCUUCUUGCAUAAGCAAUGAUAAAUAAAGGCUAUACCAAGAA